CUCACUCCGCGUGGUAGACGGUCGCCAGACACAAGCAUGCCUCCUCCCUCAGACUCUGUUGUGACGAUGGAAGACGAAUACGAUGAAGAGGCUGAUGCUGACUUCCAAGAAGAUGGUUUUGACGACGAAGAUAUCUCUACCACAUCCGAAGACGAGGCGGCCAAUGAUGGUGAGCUGUCUCAGAGACCUCGAAAAAGGCGGAAAAUAGAGCGUGAGCAUACCCAACAAGAAACCAUUACAGAACUGGAUUCGGGAGACGAGGCUACAAUAAGAGAGCAGAAAAACUACCGCAGCAGACACAAGAAGCAAAGAGAUGGCGAGACAGAGGAUGGCGAUGAAGAGUCGAACGGAUGGCGCGCGCGGACCCGUGCCAUGCGGACCAGAGAAAAGGAAGAACGAAAGCAAAACAAGCUGGCGUCUGUCAAAGGAAGCACAAUUGACGUUGACAAGAUAUGGGAAGACAUGAACAGGUCGGAAGCACCUCCACCACCUCAAGGCGAGCCCGACGGUGUCAGUAAUAGUCAGAAUGAAGAAUCAGCAGUGGAUACAGCUGUCAAAACGGUUGAAACUGCUGUGAACAAGGAGACUCUACCUGCGAAAGAUUUGGACGAGACCAUCACAAUCAAGCGCACUUACAAAUUUGCAGGAGAAGUGCAUGUCGAAGAAAGGACUGUCCUCAAGUCUUCAGCAGAAGCUCAGCUCUGGCUAGCACAGCAACAGUCAUCGACAUCACCUGUACCUGCAACAGAUGGGAGAGUGGUCAAUAGGCCUCUGAGAAAGCUCUCCCGGUUUGAUCCAAAUUUCAGCAAUCUGGGAGCGUUCAAGGCCUCCUGGACUGGAAAGAAUUCACAAACAGGACUAUUCAAGGGACCCAAACUCAAUGUCGUGGAAAAGAGUAAAAUGGACUGGGCUGUACAUGUCGAUGCUGAAGGGUUCAAAGCAGAACUUGAUACUCAUGCCAAAGCAAGGGAGGGUUAUCUCAGUAGAAUGGAUUUCUUGAAGGGAGUAGAAGAGCGCAAAGAGGCGGAAGCCAGAGCCGCAAGACUGAAAGCUGCAUAGUUGAGACAUUCAGCAUGCUUGAAUCAGACUCCUUCUGACGGUUUGUAAGAGCCAGAUUGUUCGCCGAGAUCUUGCUGAUCGGUUUGCAUCUG